GCAAUUUGCGACGUAUAGAUCUCUCAGGUAACAAAUUUCAAAAUAUGAGUUUUACAUCUCUUCUUGAGAGUAUUUUACAGUGCAAAUCACCUCGCGUGGAGUCAUUAUCUCUUGUUUACUCAGGUCUGUCUGGUCAUCUACCGGAUUCAUCAAUCGGAAGACUAUCAUUUUUGAGGUCAUUAUCAAUCAAAGAGAAUGAGAUCUCUGGUUCAAUUCCAAACUCAAUUGGACAAUUAUCGUCAUUGGAGACGUUAGAUCUGAGUGAUAACCAACUGAAUGGCAGCCUUCCUGAUAGCCUUGGUGUACUUUCUAACUUGACUUUUCUCGAUCUAUCUUAUAACUUGCUGACUGGUGUUGUAACUCAAGCUCACUUUAAAAAACUUGACAGACUAAGAGUAUUACGGGCAACAGGUAAUUAGUUGUCCCUAAGGCCACACAUUGCAAACUGGGUUCCCUCAUUCCAGCUGCAGAUAUUGCUGUUAAGGUCUUGGGAUCUCGGGUCACAAUUUCCAUCGUGGCUGCAGUUGCAGAAGAAUUUAGAUCGUUUAGACAUAAGCGACACAAAAAUUUCAUCAACCAUCCCUGAUGAAUUCUGGACAUCGAUUUCAAAUCUACGACACCUCAAUCUGUCCCAAAAUAAUAUUCAAGGAAGGUUAUUUAGCAUCCCUGCUAAGCUUUCAAUUAUUGACUUGAGUUCAAACAAUUUCAGUGGGCAUUUACCACAACUUUCAAAAAAUUCACAGGCACAAAAGCUGGAUCUAUCAAAUAACUUAUUUGCAGGAUCCAUGAAUCAUUUUUUGUGUCUCAAUGGUGGAAAAAGUCUUGAAUUUCUAAAUCUUGCCAAUAAUCAACUUUCCGAAGUCAUUCCAGACUGUUGGUUGAAGUGGCCAACUUUGUCAUUUGUUAGUUUGGAGAACAAUAAUCUGUCAGGUGUGAUUCCACCAACUCUUGGAUCUUUAUCUUCUCUAGGAACAUUAAACUUGUGCAACAACAAGCUCUCUGGAAGCUUACCGGCUUCUCUUAGCAACUUAACGAGCUUAGAGAUCCUUCAACUUGGUAGAAACGAACUUUUUGGAAGAAUUCCACAAUGGGUGGGUCAACUCUCAAGCUUGGGAAUUUUACACCUUGGUUUUAACAAAUUUGAUGGAAAUAUUCCUCAUGAGCUUUGUGGUCUUACCACAAUUCAAAUUCUGGUCCUGGCUCAUAACAAUCUAACAGGAAAUAUUCCAAAAUGCUUCGACAAGUUCAAUGUCCUUUCAGGGAAAGGAAAUACUUCAAGUGGUCGAAUUUUUACCUUAUCGGUACUUGGCACAGAUCUUUUGGGUAGUGCCUCGUUGGUGACAAAGGGACGAGAGGAAGAAUAUAGUACUAUACUUCGUCUAGUGAUGAUAUUGGACCUUUCUAGUAACAAAUUAUCAGGACACAUUCCAAAUGAGCUGAUGUCCCUUCAGAAUUUACAAUCAUUGAAUUUGUCAAGAAACCAAUUGACAGGAAAAAUUCCAAACAAAAUUGGAGACAUGAAAUUUCUUGAAUCUUUUGAUAUAUCUCUGAACCAACUAUCCGGGAAAUUUCCUAUGAGCUUGUCACGUUUGAACUUUUUAAGUAGUUUCAACGUUUCCUACAACGAUUUAACUGGUUCAAUACCAUCAAGCACACAACUUCAAGGUUUUGAUGAGUCUAGCUUCUAUGGUAACAAACUUUGUGGCGAUCCAGUCAGUAAACGUUGCAGAAUGGAAGUCCCAGAUGCACGAGAUCAAGAAGAAGGUGAUAAUGGUUCAAGUGGUAGAAAUUGGGGCUUGCUGAUUAGCAUUUUAUGUGGAUUUGGUGCUGGGUUUUGGUUGGUUAUGGCACCAUUGGUAAUCAACACUUCAUGGAGGACUAAAUAUUUUACUGUCUUGAUUAGUGUGUGGUAUAUGUUCUGUGAUGUUAUUCACAAGUAUUGUUGUAAGAAGUUUCCAAGUGAACAGGUGAUUAGUAAUUGAUGUCAGUGACAUUUUAUUAUGUUUUUUAGUUGUAGCUUGAAAUAAGAAUGUCUGGAAAUUUCAGAAACUCUGUUGUAUGUAUCCCGGCAUAGUUUAAUAGAAUUGUGUGUAUCCAA